AUGUCAACUGCCGAUAUUGAGCAGCCUCCUAUGAUUACCAAUCAGAUCCCAGCUUCUCUUUCAAUACCAGAGGAAAGCGAGCUUGGCACAAUGAAUGAUGCAAGCAAAGAAGAAAAUGUUACAGCGAUGAAAGAGGGGGACCAAUUCCCCCAAAAAGAGGUUUUAAAAAACGACCAUCAGCAGGUCAAAGAAGUGGACUUUGACCAUACCACUGAGCGAAGCACAACUCAUGAUUGCGAUCUCGCCAUCAACUCAUCCAAAAGACCUUCUUUUUCUCGCUUCCUAAGAAGAGGGUUUCACCACCAGGGCAACUUCAGCAAGCAUGGUAGCCCAGGGUCGCCAGUGACUACUGUUCAAAAUGCAUUGAAUGAGAAGACGAGCCAACUGAGUGAGGACUUUAGUCGCAGAGCAGACGUUCCCUUGCCUGAAAAUUCGCCGCCUGGGGUUCCUGAAGCCACGAGUGAAUCCAUUUUGCGAAAACACAACCAGUUCAACCUAGAAACAAUAAUCUGGGAUGAUUCUUCUCGAGACCGAAGAAAUAUGGAAAGAUCUACCCUAUUUGAUCUAGAUGGCAUGAUUUCGCGAUUACUACACGUGGGAAAAUCGAGACCUGAGAAAAGGCUAUGUCUCAACGAUAAUGAAAUUUUGUCCAUUUGCUCGGCCGCCCGCAAUCUGUUCCUUUCCCAGCCUGUUCUCCUAGAGCUGAAUGCUCCAAUUCACAUCAUCGGGGACAUCCAUGGUCAAUUUACGGAUCUCCUUCGAUUCUUUGAGAUGUCCGGAUUUCCUCCUGCCUCAAACUAUCUGUUUCUAGGAGACUACGUUGACCGCGGUAAGCAAAGCUUGGAAACAAUACUUCUGCUUCUGUGCUACAAGCUCAAAUACCCGGAAACCUUUUUUCUACUCAGGGGUAACCACGAAUGUGCUAAUGUUUCUCGAAUCUACGGGUUCUAUGACGAGUGCAAGCGAAGAUGCAAUGUCAAGAUCUGGAAAACAUUUACCGAUGUUUUCAAUUGUCUUCCAAUCGCUGCGGUUAUCGCAGAAAGGAUCUUCUGUGUGCAUGGCGGCCUUUCCCCAAACCUUUCCGAUAUGAAUGAUAUCCGAAACCUCGCUCGUCCCACUGAAGUGCCUGAUCAGGGUCUUCUGAAUGAUCUUUUAUGGAGCGAUCCCGCAAAUAUCAAAGACUGGGAACCUAAUGAUGACCGAGGUGUGAGUUGGUCCUUUGGAAGGAAGGUGGUUGCGAAUUUCCUAAAGCGCCACGAUUUAGACCUAGUCUGUCGGGCGCAUAUGGUGGUGGAAGGGGGAUAUGAAUUCUUUGGGGAGCGUAAUCUCGUUACGGUCUUUUCUGCACCAAAUUACUGUGGCAAGUUUGACAACAUGGGAGCUAGCAUGGAAGUUUCUAGCGACCUUGUUUGCAAUUUUAACCUAUUGAAAUCAUCUGAUCCGAUUGUUUUGAAAAAGCAAACGAAGAGAAUGAGUGGUCUUGGAUAUUUGCGAAAAGCCGGUCAUAAGGAGGUUCUUAUAUAG